CACUUCUAGAAUAUUCUUCGACUUCGAUUGUUUAGGACACAAUUCCGACUACCGAUUCAUUUUGGUUUUUCAAAUCGUUUGAAGUUGCGACACUUCCUCGUGUACUGUGAUUCAGUACUGCAGUAUAAUAAACUAGUAUUCACCGAGCUAUUCAAAAAUUAUAGUUUCUUUAGAGUUUCAUAUUCAAAAUUCAUUAUAACCUUCGUUUUUAAAUCGAAUCAACUGAAUCUUUUGAAUUAUGGCGUUGGAUUUGAAAGAUAAAGGUAAUGCUGCCUUGGCAAUCGGAGAUUAUGAACAAGCUAUUGAACAUUACACUCAAGCUAUUGCGCUAGACCCCAACAACCAUGUACUUUUUAGUAACAGAUCUGCCGCAUAUGCUAAGCAAGGCAAUUACCAAAAUGCGUUGGAAGAUGCUGAAAAGACCGUGUCCAUUAAACCAGAUUGGCCUAAAGGAUAUUCAAGAAAAGGAACAGCCUUGUCAUUUUUGGGUCGUAAAGACGACGCUGCCAAAGCAUAUGGAGAUGGUUUAAAGUUUGACCCUUCUAAUCAGCAGUUGCUUGAUGGCUUGAGAGAAGUGAAACAAUCACAACCUGCUUUUGGAGGCAAUAACAUGUUUCCUACAGAAAGUUUUUUGAAACUUGCACAGGAUCCCAGAACUAAGGAUUUGAUUAAUGACCAGCAGUUCAUGAGUCUACUUAUGGAAUGUCAGAAAGACCCUCAAAAAUUAAUCAUGAAUAUGCAGGAUCCUAGAAUAUCAGCUGCAUUAAGUGUAAUGAUGGGUAUUAAUUUAAUGGGAGAAGAUGAUAAAAUGGAUACUGAUCCAUCACCUCCACCUCCUCCAAAACAAAAAAGAGAACCAACACCGCCACCACCUGAAAAAUCCGAAGAUGAAAGUUUAACAGAAGAACAAAAAGAGGCUAAAAAAGAAAAAGAUUUGGGUAAUGAAGAAUACAAACAAAAAAACUUUGAAGCAGCCCUUGUACAUUACAAUAAAGCUAUUGAGUUGGAACCUACAAACAUGACAUUUUACAAUAAUGUUGCUGCUGUUUACUUUGAACAAAAAGAAUAUAAAAAAUGCAUUGAGCAGUGUGAAAAAGCAGUUGAAGUAGGGCGAGAAAAUAGAGCAGAUUUCAAAUUAAUUGCCAAAGCUUUUUCUAGAAUUGGAAAUGCUUAUAAAAAACUUGAGGACUACAAAAGUGCAAAAACAUAUUUUCAAAAAUCAAUGUCAGAACACAGAACUCCAGAAGUAAAGACUAUUAUUUCUCAACUAGAGAAAAAAAUAAAAGAAGAAGAUCGCAAAGCAUAUGUGGACCCAGUAAAAGCUGAAGAAGCUAAAGAAAAAGGAAAUGAAUUUUUCAAUAAAGGUCAAUUUGCCGAUGCUGUUAAAUUUUAUAGUGAAGCAAUUAUGCGUAACCCUGAUGAACCUAAAUAUUAUAGUAAUCGAGCUGCUUGCUAUACCAAAUUAGCUGCUUUUGAUCUUGGCUUAAAAGACUGCGAAAAAUGUGUUGAAUUGGAUCCUAAAUUUUUAAAAGGAUGGAUAAGGAAAGGUAAAAUUUUACAAGGUAUGCAACAAUCUUCAAAAGCAUUAACAGCAUAUCAAAAAGCGUUGGAAAUAGAUUCAUCUAAUACUGAAGCCUUGGAAGGUUACCGGUCAUGUUCUAUAGCUGCAAACUCGGAUCCUGAAGAAAUGCGCAAGCGUGCGAUGUCUGAUCCUGAAGUUCAAGAUAUUAUUAGAGACCCUGCAAUGCGUCUUAUACUUGAACAAAUGCAAAAUGACCCUAAAGCUUUAAGCGAUCAUUUGAAAAAUCCAGAUAUUGCUAGUAAGAUCCAAAAAUUGAUCGAGUCUGGAUUAAUCGCCAUUCGUUAAAUUUAGAAAUAAUGGUCAUGUCUGUUCAUCUUACACUACUUUAAAUGCUUUUUUAUAAAUUUAUAUUAUAUUUUUUGAAGUUUAUUUCCAAUAAUAUAAUAUACAGUUAGGUAUGAUGAUAAUUAAAUUACAAUAUAUGAAAUAUGUGACUUACAUGUCUUAAAUUAUAAUAUUAGGGUUAUUUUAAUACUGUUUAAAAAUAUUUUUCAACUUUUAUAUGAUGUUCUAAAAGUGUAAUUGUGAACUUAGUGUCGAUUGAUGUUGAUAAAAACAAUAUGCUAUAGAUUUACACAAUUGCCUUAAAUAAAAAAUUAUGAACUAUGAAGUUAAUCAUUUAAAAA